AUGGCGCGCUGUGUUUUGUGCGCUUUCCUACUGCUUGGUUUAACAGUGAGUGCGGAUAUCAUCAGGGUUCCUCUUCAUAAAACCAGAAGCGCACGGCGUCUUUUGGUCGACGAUGGCAGGUCUCUGGAGGAGCUGCGUGCCCUGGCACAGUCCUCACAGGACGUGCCACCUGCGCCAAGUCUGCCCGUGGAGAGGCUGACCAACUUUAUGGAUGCUCAAUACUUUGGAUCCAUCAGCAUUGGAAGCCCUCCCCAAGAGUUUACUGUGCUGUUUGACACAGGCUCAUCAAACCUCUGGAUUCCCUCUAUCCACUGCUCCUUUUUUGAUGUGGCCUGCUGGUUCCAUCAUCGAUACAACGCCAAAAAGUCGAGCACCUACGUUGUGAAUGGUACACAAUUCUCUAUUCGAUAUGGCAGAGGCAGCUUGUCUGGCUUUAUCAGCGAAGACACAGUCUCUGUGGCUGGCUUGCUUGUGCCUAAACAACAGUUUGGAGAAGCAGUCAAACAACCCGGCAUCACAUUUGCAGUGGCUCGCUUUGAUGGCAUCCUGGGCAUGGCUUAUCCUUCUAUAUCUGUGGCCAAAGUCACACCAGUGUUUGACUCUGCUAUGGCUGCGAAGUCACUACCACAGAAUGUUUUCUCAUUUUACAUUAGCAGAGAUCCUCAGGCUGCUGUUGGAGGUGAGCUCAUCCUGGGAGGAACUGACCCACAACAUUACACUGGAGAGCUGCACUAUGUUAACGUCACUCGAAAAGCUUAUUGGCAGAUUCAAAUGUCCGGAAUUAGUAUUGGCAACCAACUGACUCUUUGCAAAGUUGGAUGUCAGGCUAUUGUUGACACAGGAACAUCUCUGAUUGUGGGCCCUAGCGCAGAGGUCAGGGCUCUGCAUAAAGCCAUAGGAGCAGUGCCUUUGAUCAUGGGAGAGUACAUAAUUGACUGUAAAAAAGUCCCUGACCUGCCAGUAGUAACUUUCAACAUAGGUGGGAUUAUGUACAACCUGACUGGAAAUGAUUAUGUCAUGAAGGAAUCUCAGAAGGGAGUGUCCAUCUGUCUGUCUGGGUUCAUGGCCAUGGACAUCCCUCCUCCUGCAGGCCCACUGUGGAUCCUCGGAGAUGUGUUUAUUGGGAAGUACUACACUGUGUUUGACAGGAGCAGUGAUCGGGUGGGAUUUGCCCUCGCCAAGUGA